GAUUCUGAACUCUGUACCUUCCUCGCUUUAUAAAUUAUACCUUGGGAUUAUCGUCUGUUACAUAGCAGAGGAAUUAGUAUUACUUUCUGCUUAACUUUAAUUUGUGAAUGCGUUGUUCAAAUGGAUGCCAUUUCACGAAGAUCCUUGCGAUUAUACUCCCGCUUAUCUCUGGUACUGCCUCUCAGGAUGUUAGUUCAUACUGGUAAUGUCAAUUCUAUUUUGCCGGAGCCAAAAAGAACUGUCGAUAGUAGUGUAGGGAUCUUUUGGGAUUUGGAUAAUAAACCACCAACCUCGGUUCCUCCUUAUGAUGCUGCUGUUAGGCUUAAGAUAGCUGCUUCAGGAUUUGGUGUGGUGCGAUACAUGGUGGCGUAUGCAAAUAGACAUGCUUUCACUUACGUUCCACCAGAUGUGAGAUUACAAAGGAGAGAGAGGAAGGCGUUGGAUCGUGCAGAAAGUAGAGGAUUGGCAAAACCUGAUGUUCCAUAUAUUUGUCGAGUAUGUGGGAGGAAAUUCCACACAAACGUCAAGCUAGUUAAUCAUUUCAAGGAAUUGCACGAGAGAGAGCAGAUAAAGCGGAUGAAUCGACUCAACUCAGCUAAGGGGAAACGGAGGAUAGAGUUGGCCGGCAAGAUGGCAAUGAAAAUAGAGAAGUACAAGGCUGCAGCUAGAGAUAUCUUGACUCCGAAGGUUGGAUACGGACUGGCUGGUGAAAUCAAACGCGCGGGUUUCUGGGUUAGGACGGUACCUGAUAAGCCACAAGCCGCUGACAUUGCACUUAGAGAUCAUAUACUGGAGACAAUGGAGCGUGGACUUAAGUGCUUGGUUCUUGUGUCAGAUGACUCAGAUUUUGUUGAUGUAUUGAAGGAGGCGAGGUAUAAAAGUCUGAAAACAGUUGUAGUAGGGGAUAAAAAUGAUGGAGCACUCAAAAGAUGUGCUGACACCAGUUUCUCAUGGCAUGACAUUGCAUCCGGAAAGGCUAAGAAGGAAGCUGUAUCAACUGUAAGCCGAUGGAAUGAUCGUGAAAUAUUGAAGAAACUGGAGUGGACUUAUGUACCGAAGGUUGAGAUCAGUGAUUCUGUUGAUUUUGAACUUGAAACAGAUACAGAGUGUGAGAAUGCAUGUAUCCAUACAGAUGAGGGCCUAGAGGGAAAUCAAAAUUCCAGUCCAUGGUGGAAAUUGGACUCUGAUUCUGAUAACAUAAUUUCUAAGUGAUGGUGAUUGGAACUUGAAACAGAUUCGGAGUGUGAGAAUGCACAUAUCCACACUGAUGAGGGCCUACAGGAAAUCAAAAUUCCAGUCCAUGGUGGAAAUUGGACUCUGAUUCUGAUAACAUAAUUUCUAAGUGAUGUUUCAUAUUUUUAUACAAUCCAGAAAUAUGUUGAAAUUGAUUUCCUUUUUCAAUUUGAAAUGCAAAACAAACUUUCUGGCACUGACUAAAA